CCCUCUGGUCGUCUGAAACUUUGUUGCUGUUACUUCCUGUUUUGUCUCCGUCGGUUCCUCCGGUGUCUCCGGUGUCUCCUGUGUCUUUGUUCGGUACAGCCCGUCUGUCUGUCCUCUGUGUGUCCCUCCGUCACCGACCCGGUCCGCCAGACCCGGAGCCGGAACCCCGCAGACACCCCCGCCCGCACCGGGACGAUUCCGAUCCAGUGUCCGGGCAGCAGAGCGCGGAGCCCGGGCUGAGGUCCCAGGACGAGCCGGUGUCUGUGGUUCCUGAUGGAUUUUACAUAAAGAGUUUGUCCGGAACAAACCAGUCCAGAAUGCGCCUUCUGCUGCUAAAGCUAAUUACACUGUGCGCUAAUUAGCCGCCUGUGCUACCGGCCUCUUUAUUUACUUCAUUUAGUUCAUUUAUUGACUUAAUUUGGCCUGUUUUUGACCUUUAACGUCCAUGUGCCUGUCUCGGGUUAAGGCUAAAGGUGCUAAAUCCGGUCCAGACAAAGUUUAAGCCGAGCUUUAAGAUGCUAAAUGUGCGUUCUGCUCCGUAGUGUGUCCUCCGGUCCGGACCCACAGACACUCAAGUGUCCUUAGCUGGAAAACACGGGACUGACUCGGUACAAACCGGGUUAGAAGUCGGUCCGCUUCAGUCCCGGGUUAAACUGGGUUCCUGCUGUGUGUUUAUACUGGGUUUGUUUGAGAUUCCGGUUCUGUUCUGGUUCAGUUCCGGUGGGUUUGUUUGAGAUCUGCUCCGGGUCUGGGUUCCUCCAUGGUUCCUGGUGUUGGACCCGGGUCUGGGUCUGGGUCUGAUCUCGGUCUGGUCUGAGCAGGUUUUGGAAGGCUCUGGUGUUGGUUCCGGUGGUCUGGGUCUUUAUGUCCCGGGCUGUAGGCUGCUGGUCUUGGAUGCAUUUAGUCCGGGUCUAAGGGGGUUUAGUCCCAGGUUUACUGAGGAUGGCGGACCUCCAGCAGACCCCCACCUCGCUGUGUUGCUGCCGUAAAGCGUUGCCGGUGUCGGGGGUGUCUGGGGCCCCCGGGGGCCGGUGUGUCGGGGACUCUGGCCGUCCCCUGGGGGGUCCCGGGGGUCGCCGCUGCCCCCUGGUGGACGUGGCCUCCACCUCCAACUUCAGCUGCUUCCGGCUGAACCACCUCCACCUGGACCUGCGGCUCAACUUCGCCGUGAAGGAGAUGAGCGGAUGGCUGGUUCUGGACCUGGUCCCGGUCCAGCCGGGGGUCCAAAGCCUGGUCCUGGACUCCCACCCCUCCCUCCUGAUCCACUCCAUAGACUGUAAGGUCCCCGGGUCCGGACAGGAGGACCCGAUGUCCCUCACGUACCGGGUCGACCCGUUCACAGACUACGGCUCCGCCCUCAACAUCAGCCUCCCGGAGGCGGCCGUCGGACCGGGUCGGCUGAUCCAGGUCACGGUCCGGUACACCACGACGGACGGCCCGGCGAUCUGGUGGCUGGACUCGGAGCUCACCUGUGGACAGUCUCGUCCUCUGGUCUUCACUCAGGGUCACUCAGUUUGUAAUCGCUCCUUCUUCCCCUGCUUCGACACGCCGGCCGUCAAGAGCACCUACACCGCCACGGUCCGGGUGAGUCCUGACCCAGAGGUAUCGCAGGUCCCAGACGGCGUCACGGUGCUGAUGAGUGCAUCGCGGAGCUUGUACUCCAAACAGGACCGGGUCUUCCAGUUCUCCAUGGAACAUCCGGUACCGUCCUACUUGGUGGCGUUGGUGGCCGGAGAGCUUCAGCAUGUGGAUGUAGGACCGAGGAGCCGUGUGUGGGCGGAGCCGUGCCUGUUGUCAUGUGCGGUGCAGAAGCUAGGGGGCAGUGUGGAGCGCUGGCUGGGCGUGGCCGAGGAGCUGUUUGGACCGUACCUGUGGGGCAGGUGUGACAUCGUGUUCCUGCCCCCCUCCUUCCCCAUUGUUGCCAUGGAGAACCCCUGCCUCACCUUCAUCAUUGCCUCCAUCCUGGAGAGCAGUGAGUUCCUGCUGAUCGAUGUCAUCCACGAGAUCGCACAUGGCUGGUUCGGAAACGCCGUCACAAACGCCACCUGGGAGGAGAUGUGGCUGAGCGAAGGACUGGCCACCUACGCCCAGCGGAGGAUCACUACUGAGGCCUACGGUGAGGCGUUCACCUGUCUGGAAACUGCUGUUCGAUUGGACGCCCUCCACCGGCAGCUGCGUCUCCUAGGAGACAACAACCCAGUCAGCAAAUUGCAGGUCAAGUUUGAGCCAGGUGUGAACCCCAGCACUCUGAUGAACCUCUUCACCUACGAGAAGGGCUUCUGCUUCGUGUCGUACUUGUCUCAGCUCAGCGGAGACGUCCGACGCUUCGACAGUUUCCUCAGGGACUACAUCUCAGAGUUUAAGUUCAAGAGCGUGGUGGCUCAGGACCUGAUCGACUUCUUCCUGCGGUGUUUUCCGGAGCUCAGAGACACCGCUGUCACUCAGAGAGAAGGUCUGGAGUUCGACCGGUGGCUGAACGGAUCUGGUCCUCCUCCCUAUGAGCCGGAUCUGUCAGGGGGUGGAGCUCUGACCCGACCGGUCCAAGACCUGUGUGAGCUGUGGAGGACCGGCGACGCCCCCGACCUGCAGGCCGUCAUGACCUUUGACCUGUCCACCUGGAGCACCUUUCAGAUCGUCCUGUUCCUCGACCGCAUGUUGGACCACUCGCCGCUCGCUCACGACGUCAUGCUCAGUCUGUCGGGCUGUUACUCGUCUCUGUUCGACGGGCUCAACGCUGAGGUCCAGAUCCGAUGGCUGCAGAUGGUCGUGAGGAACACCUUCUACCCAGAGCUGCCCCGAGUCCGAGCCUUCCUGCAGAAACACACGUCCAGGAUGUACACGGUGCCUCUGUACGAGGACCUGGUUGCCGGGGUGAUGAAGUGUGUCGCUGUGGAGAUUUUCUACCAAACGCAGCGUCGCCUCCACCCCAACCUCCGACGAACGCUGCAGCAGAUUCUCUUCCAGACCAAUCAGAAUGGAGCGCUGCCGACCAAUCAGAACGGAGCCCCGCCGACCAAUCAGAAUGGAGCGCCGCCGACCAAUCAGAAUGGCCCCACUCUGUCUGUCAUAAACUCCACCCCCUCGUCACAGCCCUCCAAUGCUAAUGGGACAAGCGGCGCAAUCGCACUGCGGGACGUCAAUGUGUCGGCCUGAGGCUCAAACUGUGGUCCACGGCCCGGAAACGGCCAAUCAAAACUCAGUGCAAUUUAAAUGAAGACUUGAAAUGAGACGUUCAGGGACAGUCAGAAACAGAACGCCUCCUCAGACUGAUCACUCUGAUGAGUCAGUUUUUUACUUUUAUGUGGAGACUCAUUUCUGUCUAAAAAUUAAAAAUGAACGGAUAGAAGAUGGUAAUUCUACUCAAAAUAUCUCAGAGUUUUAGUUAAUUGUCUGUGUUUUUUUCUAUCUUAUUCAAAAUAGCUUCUAUUUUCUGACUAAAAUGUGAAGUGGCCUUUGGGAAAUGUAGGAAAACGUCAGUAAGACGUUAUUAUUCCCCCCCUGAAAAAAAAAUUUAAAUCAAGAUUAAAAAAAAAAAAAAAAAAGACACAUUUCACUUCAGUAAGAACUUCAACUCCUAACUUUAUUCAAAAUAUCUUGGAGUCUAAAAGUUAAUCUACAAAUUUUUGCAAUUUAAAACCAAGAAAUUAAAAAAAAAAAGUUAUUCCAACUUUUCUAAAUAUCUCAACAUUCUUUCUAAAAUGUACCUAGUGUCUGAUAAAUAUAGUAAUUACUCACAGAACUUUAACAUAAAUGUGGUGAUUCCGCUGCUCAUAAUGUAAUGGUGUUCCACAAGGCAGCGUUCCAGACCCACUGUUGUUUGAACUGAACCUAAAGUGAGACUUUCUGGUUCAGUCUGACCGCAAAAACUACUGGAAAUUCUCAGUAAUGGGCUAAAACUUCUAAUAUUUUUAUGUUUGUGCCUUUUUUUUUAUUCCUUAUGAACUAAAACUAAAGCCUCACUCUGAGUAAGAAAACUGCCUCACUAAGUGUGAUUUUAAAAUCAAAAUUUUAACUUGUAAUUUGCAAAUGGAGAAAAUGUCAGGUUUCUGUAUCCGUUUCUUUUGCUUCUUGUGACAGAAAUGAGCGUCUUUCGACUCCACCUGUUCUGUGUGUUGUGUUCAGUGUGUCGACUAAGCAGGAACGUUGCGUUCACUGCCUCACCGAUUUUUUUUCCCAUAUUUCUACAAACUGCUUUAUACAUGAGAAAUGUAGCUUGAAUUCAUGAGGAGCUUCCCACGAACAAAAAGAUGCCUACCUCCAGAAAAACUAACAACCCGCAGCGAAUCGAACCAGCCCACGUUCACCCUGAGGCCUUAACAUUGCGUUCACUGCAGCUGGGACAUGGGAUGCGCUUGCUUCAACCCUUUAACGACAGCCUUUAUGUCACUAACAGCAAUAAAUAUUUAAAACGUACCAAACAAGUGAGAGUUUGAGACAAAACCUGAAGAACAGCCCCUGGUGAUAAACAUGUUCGUUGAGUGGUUUAUAUUUUAUAGGUGACCAUGAGCAGCCUUGUGUUUGACUCCGCCCCCUCCUCAGUCUUGAAAUGUCCCAGCUGCCAAUGAACGCCUCUUCACAGAUAAUGAAUGUGUGACGUUUAAUAAACACUUGAAACCUCA